AUGGAAGGGCUGGCUGUGGAAGUUCGUGGCUCGAACGGGGCCUUCUAUAAGGGGUACAUCAAGGAUGUCCACGAUGACUCGCUCACCAUUGUGUUUGAAAACAACUGGCAGCCAGAGCGACAGUUACCCUUCAGUGACGUACGGCUGCCGCCUCCGGCAGAUUACAACAAAGACAUUGGCGAAGGAGAGGAGGUAGAGGUUUACUCUCGGGCUAAUGAACAAGAACCAUGCGGCUGGUGGCUGGCCAGGGUCCGAAUGAUGAAAGGCGAGUUUUACGUCAUCGAAUACGCGGCCUGUGACGCCACCUACAACGAGAUUGUCACGGCGGAACGCAUCAGGCCUCUUAACCCGAACAGUCCUUCUUCAAGAAAUUCCUUCCACAAAGUCACCAUCCCAGUCCCGGAGGACCUGAGAGAUAUCUGUUCAGGCGACAACAUUCAUAAAGACUUUAGGAAAGCUAUCGGCGCCAACUGCAUCUUCUUCAGCGCCCAAACAAAUGAGCUCAUUGUGCUGUCUACAAACGAAACCACGGUAAAACGCGCCACCCUUCUCAGCGACAUGCAUUUCCGCAGCAUCCGAACCAAGCUUAUGCUUAUGUCACGUAACGAGGAAGCCACCAAACAUUUGGAGACAAGUAAGCAGUUAGCUUCAGCGUACCAGGAAGAGGUUCGCGUCAGAGAAGACCUGAUGGGCCUCGCCAUCGGCUCUCACGGCGCAAACAUCCAGCAGGCCCGCAAAGUACCCGGCGUCACAGCAAUCGAGCUAGAGGAAGAGAGCUGUACCUUCAGGAUCUACGGAGAAACACCAGAGGCGGUAAAGCAGGCACGGGAGUAUCUGGAAUUUAAAGAGGACUACUUUCAGGUACCCAGGAACCUUGUCGGCAAAGUCAUCGGCAAGAACGGAAAAGUCAUCCAAGAGAUUGUGGACAAGUCGGGCGUGGUCCGUGUCAGGAUCGAGGGAGACAACGACAAAAAGCUUCCCCGUGAGGAGGUAGGCAGGCAGGGGGAAGGCAGGGACGACACUGCCAACAGCAAAGAGGGCAUGGUCCCUUUCGUGUUUGUCGGAACGAAGGAGAACAUCAGCAAUGCGCAGGCUCUGCUGGAGUACCAUGUGUCUUACCUCCAGGAGGUGGAGCAGUUGCGCAUGGAGCGUCUCCAAAUUGACGAGCAGCUCCGCCAGAUUGGGGUGGGCUACCGCACGUCUCAAAAUCGAACGGGACAAGCUGGAACGGACCGAGAGAAAGGCUACCUGACUGACGAAAGCAGCAAUUCACUCCACACUGCCCGUACCUACGGGGGUCGCGGAAGAGGUCGCAGGGCUUCCAACAGCAUGCAUUCUGGAUAUGGGACAAACUCUGAACUGUCCAACGCCUCUGAGUCGGAGGAUGUAAGCGAGCGUGAGCAGCGGCCACGAGGAAUUGGUGGAGAGGAGCGAAGCUCCAGACGGGGCGGUCGAGGCCGGGGCUCCAACCCCGGGCGAGGACGCGGCGGUCCAGGGUCCAAACCGGCCAACUCGAUCAGCUCAGUGCUGAGGGACCCUGACAGUAAUCCUUACGCACUGCUUGACGGAGAAGAACUGGCUGACGCGGACGUCAGCGAAGGCGCUGGAGACCGUCGCAGACGUUCCCGCCGCCGCCGCAACGACCAGGAGCCUAGCGUGAUGGAUGCCGCCACGGAGUCCGACAGCCAGGCCGGACCCAAUGAGAACGGAUUGGAUGAAGAGGCCAGACCUCAACGCCGCAACCGAAGCCGCCGUCGUCGCAACCGUGGCAGUCGCCCGGAGGGAGGCUCCACCAGCCGCGAUCGGCAGCCAACUGACAGUGUGACCGUCGCCGACUACAUAUCCCGUCCCGAGUCCCAAAGCAGACAGAACCUUCCCUUGAAGGAGAACCACACUGGUCCUGAGCCCAAGGAAAACGGGACCAGCAACAAAACGGACGAGAUGACACCUAAGCGUUCACCCAGCAAAGGCUUGACACCAGCCAGCGAGACCGUCACGUUGGUCAACGGCGUCUCAUAA